AAGUCAGUUCAGUGAUUUAUUAUUAAAAAUGUCUGCUGAUACAACUGUUUGCGCUCCUCAAGAUAAUUGCAUAAAGAUCAGUAAAUGGAAAGUGCGGGAAGGUUUCCAGGUGACAAACAAUCAAGUGAUCCUUCUGUACCAGCUAGCUGAUGGCGAUGAUAAAGAAAUAAAGCGUUUAAAAGCCACAACAUGUGGCGUUGUCAAAAAGCGGCUACAGAAAGCUGGCGAUGUUGUUCAAAAGGGGGAUCCAUUGAUGGAACUGUCGGCGUGUGUACAUACCACUGUUAUCAAAGACAUGUGUGCCGAUUGUGGGGCUGAUCUACGUCAAGAUGACAAUGGUAACACAUCCGAGGCAUCGGUGCCAAUGAUACAUUCAGUGCCUGAAUUGAAAGUCACUCAAAAAUUAGCGCAAAAGCUCGGCAAGGCCGAUACAGCGCGAUUACUGGAGGAGAAAAAACUCGUCCUACUGGUUGAUUUGGAUCAAACGCUCAUUCACACCACCAACGAUAACAUUCCGAACAAUCUCAGAGGUGUUUACCACUUUCAAUUGUACGGACCACAUAGUCCUUGGUACCAUACGCGUUUAAGGCCGGGAACAUCCGAUUUUCUGAGUAAUAUGGCGCCGUUCUUUGAACUACAUAUUUGUACCUUCGGCGCUAGAAACUAUGCCCACAUGAUUGCCCAGUUCUUGGACGAAGAUAAAAAGUACUUCUCGCAUCGAAUACUGUCACGUGAUGAAUGUUUCAAUGCUACGAGUAAAACCGACAAUCUGAGAGCACUGUUUCCGUGCGGCGAUUCAAUGGUUUGCAUUAUCGAUGACAGAGAAGACGUGUGGAAUAUGGCAUCGAAUCUAAUUCAAGUCAAGCCGUAUCAUUUCUUCCAACAUACUGGCGAUAUCAACGCACCGCCGGGUAUGGACAAACAUGAGCUGGAUGGCAAGGGUGUCGAUUUUAAAGAUCUUUCCGCGACAUCACCUACGAAAGAACAGCCAACAACAGAUGAUAUUGACGAUAAGACUGAUGUAGAACGUACGGCAAAGGUAGAUGAAAGUGAGUCAAACUCUGAAGAAAGUGUCGCCAAAGACGAAAAAGACGAAUCGGAAUCACCCGAAAAUUCGACUGAUACGAUAAGAGCUUCGACACCGGACGAUACCUCAACGGAAGUGAAACCCGACGCUUCAGAUGGAAAAACCGAGACACCUCUAAGUGAUAAACCGAGCAAAAGUGCCGGCUCGGCCAGCGAAGACAAUCUAAUCGAUGUGGAAGACAGCGACGAUUAUUUAUUACAUUUGGAAUCGAUUUUGAAAACGAUUCACGCGCGUUUUUAUGAGUAUUACGAGGAGCAUCAAAAGAUUCCUGACCUUAAGAUUUUGAUACCAAAGAUUCGCAGCGAAGUUUUAAUCGGCAAAACUCUCGUAUUUUCUGGCUUGGUGCCGAACCAUUUAAAGUUGGAACAAAGUCGCGCCUACCUGAUUGCCAAAGGUUUGGGUGCCAACGUACGUCAGCAAUUAACAAGUGAUACAACUCAUUUAGUAGCAGCAACUGCCGGAACAUUCAAAGCCAAUGCAGCCCGCAAACGUCCGGAUAUUAAAAUUGUUACACCAGACUGGUUGUGGUCAUGUGCAGAGCGAUGGGAAUGUGUAGAAGAAAAACUGUUUCCAUUGGACCCGUCAAAGCCCAGUAAAAUGAGACAACCGCCUGCCCAUUGUCACAGUCCAGAGCAUGCGGUCAACUACAACGAGAUCAAUUCACGUUUGCAUGACGGAAAUGCAAGUUCGAUGGAAAAGAGCGAAGAAGAAGAACCCCGAUUUCUCGACACCAUCAAUCCGUUGUUAAGCUUUUCUAAAGCUGAUUUGGCAGCGAUGGACCAAGAGUAUGAUCAAUUUUUUGAUGAAUCGGACUCGUCAUCAGACGAUAAUGAACACGUCGAUAUAGAAAAUCCGCCCAUCGACAAAGUGUUAAAAAAGAAACGCAAAAAGGAGGAUGAAAGGGAGCAUGUACAAGAAGCGAAACUGUUUUGUCUCGAUAAAGAAGCGAGCAGCUCUAGCAAAACAUCGGAAAAAUCGAAACGAAAUGUCGAUUUGAAUGGCAGCAGUAGUAGUAGUACGAGCAGCGAAGACAAUGCAGAAGAAAAGCCGGACGAUCCGGAUGAAACCCCAAGUGCAAGAUUUCGACGUGGUGGUGAUUUGCCGUCCGACCUCGACAUGGGUUCCGAUUACAGUCAGGGCAGUCAAGAUCCAAUUGAUGACGACGACGGCGAAUGGGUGAGCAUGGGCUCGGCUCUUGAAAGAGAAUUUCUCGGCUUAGAAUAAUAAUGACAUGAUUGACAUGUACCGAUGAGCGAAACACAAUUUUUUACCGCAGAACAAGAGAAAAAAUCGUGAAUUACAAAAACUCUAAUUUA